CCUCAGGCCUGAGCCCCCGCGCGCCGCCGACCCUGCCCCUCCCCAUCAGCGCGGAAUCGCGAGACUCCCGCACCUGCGCCGCCGACGGCCGACCGAAGGAGAACGGACCGACGCCGACGCGCUGCGCGUCCGUCGUGCCACGCGUGCAUCGUCUGUCGCGCUGCGCCACGGCACCGCCCUCCAUUCUCCUCUUCCCGUAACGGGCACAGGUCCCUCUUGACGCGACGGUUGUCGGCCGGUCCCAAGCUCCCAACGCGCUUCUUCCCUCCAGCGCUGGCACCGGGCAGUGCAUCGGCCCUGACUGCUGCCGGAGGAAGCAGGAGUAACUCGCCUCUCUGCGGAAGGCAUCGGGACAUGGCCGGCACCCGCGCGACGCCGACGCGGACACCGCCGCGGUCGUCUUCCCCGGCGGCCCGCUCCGAGGUGGUAGUCCCGUCGGACUGGGCCUGCGUUGUAACGACCGUCUCCUCCGACCCCACGCCCCCGGUGGUCGUCGUGUGCGGGCCCAAGAACAGCGGCAAGUCCACCUUCUCCCGCGUCCUCCUCAACGCGCUGCUCCCCAGGCACGGUAAGGUUGGUUAUCUGGACACCGACAUGGGGCAGCCGGAGUUUGGGCUGCCGGGGUGCCUCUCGUUCAAUGUCGUUGACGAACCUAUCACAGAUUUGCUGAACCCAACUCUACGGGAAGCUGAAAGGUGCUACUUCUUUGGUGACACUUCUUCGAAAAGAGAUCCAGAAGCAUAUCUGAAUUGCCUAUUUCAUUUGUAUGACUACUUUGUUGGAAAAUAUCGAUGUGAUAAGAAUGAAAUGCUGCCUCUAAUUGUCAAUACUCCUGGAUGGGUAAAAGGUGCUGGUUUCGAUAUGCUUGUAGAGUUGCUAAGGUAUAUCUGCCCCACAAUAGUUGUUCAGAUACGCAUCACAAUGCAGAGCAAGAAUCUCCCUGAUGGAGUGUUUUGGCUAGAUGGUGGGCAAACAGGACCUAAGAUGAUUAACAUCGGUGCUGCAUUUCAUGAUGCCUCGAAUAGAUCGUUGUUAAUUCAGAAAGAUUCAUGUGGAAUGCGUGAACGGCGACUUGUGGAGUACUUGAAGCAAUGUUUUCUGAGUAACAUAUCUCUAUCAACUAAUAAGGAGCUUGCUUAUGCCCUAGCUUCACUUCCACCUUAUCAAGUACCAUUUUCAGAUGUUGCAGUUGUGCAUCUUCAUUGCAAGGUACCUGCUGGUGAGGUAUGGCGUAGUCUUAACGCAACCAUAGUUGGAUUGGCAGUUUCCAAUGCAUCUGAGGGAACCAGAUCAAUCCCUUGCUGUGUUGGGCUAGGCAUUGUAAGGGGUGUCGAUAUUCAAAAAGGCCUGUUAUAUGUAAUAACUCCUGUCCCUCUCCAGCGCCUUCAAAGCGUUGAUCUUUUGCAACAGGGUCUCAUUGAGAUACCUACUACUAUUUUGCAGGUCCGCGGAUGCGUGUCGCCGUACAUGUCGACAAAUGUGCUUCACAAAAUAUCAGAAAGGGAUUUAUAUGCUGGGUGAUAGUUAGCGCAGGCAGUCUCCGAGAUAGACUUGUGUCUGCUGGUUUCAGGCUGCUCAGAGGUUACAUCCAACUCCUAGAUUCAGCGAGUAUGGCCUUGUUUAGUUCGUGAUUUUUUGAUUUGGGUACUGUAAUAUUUUUAUUUUAUUUGACAGAUUCGCAAAUUAUAUGUAAAUUGUACAAUUAGUUAUUUUUUUAAUCUAUAUUUGAUACUCCAUAUAUUUGUCUUAGAAGAAAAGAAUUUUUUUUAAAACUAAACAGGGCCUGUAUAUGUGACCUGUGCUGUGCAAUUCCCGUCCAAUUAAUCAA